AUGACCUUUAUUUAUGGUUUGCAGGCAGGCGGUGCACCGGCACUCGUCUGGUGUUGGCUAAUUGCUGGUUCAGGGUGUAUGUGCAUUGCACUGAGUGUCGCUGAACUUGUUUCUGCGUAUCCAACGUCGGGUGAACUCUAUUUCACGCUGAAAUAUCUUUUUUCAACUGAACAUGUUUCGUUGGCGUCGUGGCUCUGUGGCUGGUUAAAUCUUCUUGAACAAGUCGCUGGAGUUGCUUCAACAGACUAUGGAUGUUCACAACUUCUACUUGCUGCAAUUAGUAUGAGCACAGAAUUUCGUAAUCAACCAACUGUUGGACACACUGUCGGUGUCAUGGCUGCAAUCGCUAUUCUUCAUGGAUUGGCCAAUAGUCUCAGCACGAAAUGGCUCGAUAGAAUCACAAGAUGGUAUGCCAUCUUUCAUCUAGCUGUAUUAGUAUCGGCGAGUAUCGCCUUGCUAGUGUGUCAAAAAGAAAAGCACUCGACGAAGUACGUGUUAAUUGAAAUUCAAUCACACAGUGGCUGGAGUCCCAUCGGACUCUCAUUCCUCUUUGGAUCGCAUUCCGUUUCAUGGGCAAUGACAGACUAUGAUGCAACAGCACAUAUUGCAGAAGAAAUUCAGAAUGCAGCUGUACGAGCUCCAGAGGCAAUUGCCUCUGCUCUCUUCGUCUGUUACAAUCUCGGUUUUUUCUUCAACAUUGUUCUCGCCUUCACUAUGGGAGACAUUGCCAAUCUUCUGUCCUCGCCAACAGCACAACCAUUUGCUCAGAUCUUCUUUAACGUUCUCCGUGCAAUAGGUGGCAUUCUUUUUACACUCUUUGCCUUCAUCAUUCUGAAUUUCUGUGGCAUUGCAGCUCUUCAGGCAAAUGCACGAACGAUCUAUGCUUUUUCACGCGACGAUCUUCUACCGCUUUCAAAAGUUGGGCUUCAAAUGAAUAGUUACACUCAGACUCCUCUGAUUGCCGUUUUUUUGAAUGUCAUUGUUGCUGUAAGCACCAAUCUGAUUGGACUCGGUUCCUAUACGGCAAUUGCAGCAAUCUUUAAUGUAUGUACAAUUGCACUUGACUGGAGCUACUGUAUACCGAUAAUUUGUAAGUUAAUAUAUGGUGCUGAAACAGGAGGGUAUAUUCCUGGACCUUGGAAUUUAGAAAAAUUCUCGACGUCGAUCAACUGCUGGUCAGUGAUCUGGACGUUGUUUGUCUCAAUUAUCUUUUUGAUACCAACAAAUCAACCGGUGACAGCAGAGAAUAUGAACUAUGCAUUAGUCAUUCUCGUGGGAAUUCUUGCAUUUGCAAUGAUCUAUCGGUUUGUUGUUGGUGCACAAAAAUAUUAUAUUGGACCGCUUACCAAACAACAGUGGCAAAAAGAAAAAGAAAAUAUUAUUGAAUUUGUUUCUUCUCCAUAUGAAAACGAUCAAGUUACAAGAUUUUGA